AUGCACGUUAUCUUCAACAUUGUCCUGAAACUCUUUCUUUUCUUUGUACUGAUAGCCACAGUUGCAUCCUUAGUCUGUGAAGUUUGUGAAAGUGAAGAUGUCACCUGUUCUGGUAAUUGGGAGCAUUGCCCUUCCGAUAAAGAUGUGUGUAUCUAUGCAGUGGUUAAAAGCACUAUAGAUGGAAACACGUCUGCCAACACUGUUAAAAGCUGUGGAAAUCUGGACAUGUGUGGUACUCCUAUGGUUGUGCUGAACAUGGGAAAUGAAACAACCUACAUGACGAGUUUGGUCUGUUGCAAAGGACGACAAUGCAGACAUACUUUUCCUUCAGCACCAUCAAAAGAAUUUGUGUUAAAUGGGAAAGUAUGCCCUGCAUGCUACACUGCUUUUGAAAAAUGUGGCAACAAGACUGUGGCAUGUUUUGGAUCACAGCAUUUCUGUUUCGAUGUGUCUACGUUAGUAAAGAUUGAUGGAAAGGAGACAGCAUAUACCAUGAAGGGUUGUACAACUGAGUCUGUCUGUGCUUCAUUAUCAAGUAGUCGGUCUCCAAUGUUGGGAGAAGCCAUCGUUACGAAAAUUGAAUGCACACCUGAUGUACUUCAUGGGUCAGCCUCCCCCAAGCUCGUCCUACCACUCUGCUAUGGGCUCCUGCUGCUGAAGAUCCUCUUGUAAACGAUGCCCUUGCAGGAUUUUACCAACUAAACAAUUAGUCAUGCCUUUACUGAAUCCACAUGUUUUCAGUUCACCAUGCUGCUUGGACAUCCAGGUGGAGUUUCUCUUCAUUCAUCAGCAAGAAUAAACUCCAAUUGUAAAACCAAAGAAAA